AUGCCAGACGAAUUCAACAUGGACCGCGACCUAACAUGGAACGGCCCACCCAAUCCCUCAGACAUCCAGACCCAAGUCCAGAAAAUUCUCUCACAAACCCCCUACGCCUGCGCUUCCCUCGAGAAACUCUCCGGUGGCUCCGCAAACUACGUAUAUCGAGGCAUAUUACAGAAUCCUCUCGAGGAUGGAGCAAAGACUAUUGUCAUAAAACAUACAGAAGGAUAUGUAGCAAGCUCACCGAAUUUUAAAUUGUCGAGGUUGCGCGGUCACUAUGAAAACACAAUCCUAACAUCCCUCCAAUCCCUUCCCCCCAUUUCCACACCCCUUCUCAGCAUCAGCACACCCAAAAUCUACCCCCUCCCCUCCACCACCAACACCCAAAUCUUCUCCGACCUCCCCCUCUCAACAGACCUGAAAACAUACUGUCUAACCCACGCCCUCACCACCCCCCAAGCAACCCACAUCGGGCACUCUCUCGGUCUUUGGCUCAAAAGUUUCCACGUCUGGGGCGCAGACCCAGCUCAAAAAGAGCUACGCGAGAAAAUAAAGGAGAGUACGGAGAUGCGCGCGUUGAAAUACCAGAUCAACUAUCCCACUAUGAUCGCCACAAUCGAGAACUUCCCCGACCUGCUCGAGGGUAGCCGCGCGGUAUUCGAGGACGUAGCGAAGGAUAUCAAAGCCCGCCUCGACGCCAACGAAGGAGAACUAAUCCACGGUGAUUUCUGGACCGGGAAUAUCGUCCUCCCCAACACACCAUUUCAAGACACCCCCUCAACCCCUACCCCAAUCUACAUAGUCGACUGGGAACUAACCUGUCUCUCCCUCCCCUUCUUCGACGUCGGCCAGAUGUGCGCCGAGUUAUACGAGCUGAAGCUGUUCAAGAACAUCGACGCCGGUCUUACACUCAUAAGCUCUUUCAUCUCCGGCUACGGGCCUGUAAGUCGCGGUUUCGCGUUCGACGUCGUGAUCUUCGUAGGGAACCAUUUGUUGUGCUGGGGCACGCGGGUUGCGGGGUGGGGAACCCCGGAGCAGAUUCGCGAGGUAGUGGUUGUAGGACGUGAGAUGGUUGUUAAGGGGUGGGAGAAGGACGAGCGGUUCUUUGGGGAGGGGCCUUGGGGGUCUUGGUUCAGUUAA